CAAAUCUUCAAACUCUCAUAGUGGUUAACAUCUUGCAAAUUGCUUUGGGAAAGUCAUGGCCUUUCGUUGGAAAAGCUCGAAGGGCAUGGCCAUCCCGUUUACGAAACUGCCUUCAUACGGUAGUAUUGUUGAUGAGAGUUACCAAUCACCUCCGGCAGCCCGCCAUCAAUCACACCGGUCACUGUACCACUCUACUACUUAUUACUCUCCGUUCACUUAUCAUGCUACACCAAGGCUGUCUCUUUCAUCAGUGUCUAAUCGUUGGGUGAACAACCGGCUUUCGACCAUAAGUCAGCCCGUCUUUGACAACGAAAAGGACGAGUCACCUUAUUCCAUCGAUCUUCUGCAAGACCUCGAUGACCCUGAUUUUGACACCUCAUACCCAUCUGAUUGGAUGAAGCCAAACAUUCGUGGUUGGGGGAAUACCCUUUCCUUAUUGUUUCUACUCUUGAGUUUACUUGGUGUCUUCCUCAUACUGCCACUAGCGCUGGCAAUAUCGAAAGAAGCAAACGACAGGAGAGCAGCCCAAGAAAAAAAUAAUGGCUACAACUCAACCUCGCCUCCUACAACCACCAUCCCUACCACUCCAGGCGGAAGAAGCAUCAUCGAUCCGGAUACACCAGCACAAGAACGAACAAGAACUUCUUACUACGGUGAAGAAUGGAAAUUGGUAUUUUCAGAUGAGUUCAACAACGAUGGUCGCACUUUUUACCCUGGCGAUGAUCCCUUUUGGGAAGCUGUCGACCUGCAUUAUUGGUUGACUGAAGAUUUGGAAUGGUACUCACCUGAUAUGGUUACAACUGAAGGCGGAUCGUUGAAGAUCACGAUGGCAAACAUGCCAACUCAUAAUCUCAACUAUCGCAGUGGAAUGUUGCAGUCUUGGAAUAAAAUCUGUUUCACUGGAGGUUUAUUAGAAGUGAACGUCUCUUUGCCUGGUCCACCUGAUGUCUCCGGAUUCUGGCCAGGCGUAUGGACUCUCGGAAACUUGGCCAGGGCAGGUCAUGGCGCAUCAACCGAUGGAGUUUGGCCAUACUCUUAUGACAGUUGUGACACCGGGGUAACACCUAAUCAGUCAUUUACGACCAAGAGUUUUAUUCCAGGACAGCGAAUAAAUCGAUGCAUGUGUGGGAGUCCUAGCAUUGAUAAUCCAUACCCAGGAAAAGGUCGAGGGGCACCUGAAAUGGAUAUACUCGAAGCUGCCGGUGCCGAUGAUAAAUUCGGUCAUGGUACGAGUGGUUCCGUCUCACAAUCUGCACAAUUCGCACCUUUUGACUACCAUUGGCUGGCGAAUAGAUCAGAGAUUACGAUAUCCAACAAGAAGAGCAAAACCAUUGGAAACAAUGGAAAAACAAUCCCUAACACAUUCCAGGGUAACGAAUACCAACAAGCGGUUUCAUGUUUGACGCAAGUCGAUACGUCAAUGUAUGAUGGACAAGCCUAUCAAACGUACGCAUUUGAGUACGUUCCAAGCAACACGGCUGGAAAGCAAGCUUAUGUUCGUUGGCUUGUAAAUGGACAGGAAACCUGGCGCAUGUAUGAUGAAGCGGUCGGACCAAACAAUAAGUCUCAAGUGUGGCAACGUCUCAUCAGUGUGGAACCGAUGUCGAUUAUCCUAAAUUUCGGUAUGUCAACGGCCUUUGGGCCAGUCGACCUCAGCUCUCUCAUAUUCCCAUCUUAUAUGUACGUGGAUUAUAUACGUUUAUAUCAGAGCCCUGAUAGGAUCAGCGUGGACUGUGAUCCGGAGGACUAUCCAACGGCAGAAUAUAUUAAAAACCAUUACAAUGCGUAUAUGAAUCCCAACUUGACGACAUGGGAGCAAGCAGGGUAUUCAUUCCCGACUUACAGUCUAAAUAGCUCGUGUUAGCCUUGUUUCUGCAUGUUACGUACCCCAAUUGAAUGUUGCCCUCCCCCUAUCCUGUAAGAUCUCCCUUGUAUCCUUUUGUCCUAUUCAUUCCAUGACGGUUUGUAUCAAUAAAAAGCAUCAUUGAUCGAUUAUCAAGAUAUAGCAGAUAAAA